UUUGGGUUUCGAGUCAUUGUUGAUACCUGCAGCUGCCGCAAUUUCUACUUACAAUGUCGAACAACUUCAUAUUUCGGUUGCAAUGGAUACAGCAACUGAGAAAUUUUCUAUACGUUUUCCACCUGGAAUUUUUUCAUCUGAAACUAUAGUUUCUUUAUCACUAAGCCUUGACGUGGGUUGGAAUGUUCCUGAUUUUGUUUGGUUGCCAAAUCUCAAGUAUCUUUUCUUGAGGCGAUUCACGUUGGUAGAUGAAGAUUCUAUUCAGAGGUUUCUUCAAGGUUGCCCUUUGCUUGAACACCUGAUAUUAACAGUGCAACCUUUCAGCUAUGAGAGUGAGAGUCAAGAAAGCAUUGAAGUUGAAGUUCUUCAUAUCUCGAGUCCCUUGUUGAAGGGCCUGGUGCUCUGUUGGAAUGAAAAAGUUGAAUUAGAGUUCACUAUUGUUGUGAAGUCGGAAAAUCUUGAGUCUUUGGUAUGCUUCCUCCAGGGGCAGCAUAAAGUUACCAUAGAUGCCCCAAAUCUGAAGUCCUUGAACGUUGACGGUCAUGUACUUGAAGUACACAUAGUUCAGAGCCUGGUAUCUAUUGAUAAGGCAGUAGUACGAGCUGAAUUUCUGCAUAAUGUGACAAACCUAGGUGACUUAUUUUUACGUGUUCAGCAUGCUUUUGAAUUUAUUAGUGGGUUGCAAAAUGUGAAAUCACUGAAUUUGUCAGAGAACAUUUUAAAGGCUCUCUAUUUUUCUCAACCAGCAUUGCCAACUUUCAGAAACUUGAUCAAGCUGGAGCUUGAACUGUUUAUUGCCCUUCUUUUCCUCGUAGCUGGAUCUUACAGGUGUUAUCAAACUUAUUUGAAAGUUCCCCUAACCUUGAAGUGCUUAUCUUUAGUGAGGUAUUCAAGAACUACUUUGGCGAAGAUGAGCAAUUUGGUUCUGUUUUUCCGCAGGCUUUUCCACUAACUUUCAUUGAGCAUCUUAAGGUAAUAGACAUGAGUAAUUUUAAAGGGAAGAACAUGAAUUCAAGCUGGUGGAAUAUUUUUUGAAGAAUGGAAAAUCUCUGAAGAAGAUCGCUCUUGAAAGAGAGGGUUGGAAGUCCGUACCAGAAUAUUGCAACAGGAUCCUCUCAUUCAAGAAGUGUUCAGAGGAUUGUCAGAUUGUAUUCAGAAAGAAAUGGGAUUAUAUAACGUGCCCGCAAUUACGACAGUUGAUGAAUCUAUCUCCUUAACAGUAUUCUUCGCGGCAAACUGAUAAGCCUAUAAUUCAGUUGCAGACUUAAGAAAUUUUGGCUUCACGGAUAGAACAUCUUGGCGCCAAAUUUUUUGUGUAAUAGGAUUCUGUUCUAAGAUUUAGUAUUAAUGCACCAGGGAAUUGAAUUACAGCUAGCUAGAUAUCCAGCCUUUAUGAAAACCUUCAGUUUAGAAGUUUUCUGAAUUAGCCAAUCACUAUUUUUCUUUUUUAAUUUGAUUUUGAUGAGCCCUGGCUGUACAAAUGUCAGCAAGUUUUCAAGAGAAUGCUAGUUUCUCUUUCAGGUUUUUCUCAGUGAAGAUCUGAUUGAUUGCUCAACAAUUGCUUGAAUAGAUCUGAGUAUGGUUAAAAGUGUGAUUGGGACCUUACA